AUAAAGCUGAUUCUGGUUCUAAAAAUGAAGAUGUUGAAUUGAGUAAUAGUAUUGGUUCAUCCUCUAAGGCAUUUAGCAAAAAACAUACAUCAAAUAAUAAACAAAACAAGUGCAAAAAACAAAAUCAGCAGA